AUGGCGCUCAAUCGGCUGUCCAAAGCUGAUGAGCUUCAUGGAAAGAUGCGAGCAAAAAUCAAAGGGGACUUGCACUGGAAAUCGGACUCCGCGUACCGCCGGGGGCUUAGCGCUGAUCCUUUGAUUCGGAUCAAGAUCCGCACUCCGCCUCCCCGCCACUAUAAGUGUUGCCACAAAUCCCUAUCAUAUCUAUCUCCCCGCACCUGGUACGUGUCACCGUGUACAAUGGGCGUCAGUAUUGAGACAAUCAUUCCUGGUGACGGUAAAUCGUUCCCCAGAAAGGGCGACACGGUCACGAUUCACUACGUGGGAACACUUGAGAAUGGCACCGUCUUUGAUUCGAGCAGAGAUCGGCAAGCAUCGCACCUCUUGUCCAUGAUUAUAGCUGACAAUCAUCACCCCCAUAGUAAAGACCCUUUCGUGACACAAAUAGGUAUUGGUAAAGUGAUCAAGGGAUGGGAUGAAGGCGUGCUGCAAUUAUCGCUCGGCCAGAAGGCUAACUUGAUAGCUACUCCUGAUUAUGCCUACGGAUCACGCGGAUUUCCUCCCGUCAUUCCACCAAACUCGACCUUGAAAUUUGAGGUUGAAUUGUUGAAGAUCAAUUAA